UUUGGGAUUUCAAUUCGCACUCUUCGCCGCCGCAGGUUCAUCUCUGCUCUCUAUCUGUCUCCUUUUUUUGGAUUUCAUUUCGCACACUUUUACUGCCGCAGAGGAUAGUGAUCAAAGUGUUGAAGAAGUAUGGCUAAACAUCAUCCUGACUUGAUCAUGUGUCGUAAGCAACCUGGCAUCGCCAUUGGAAGGCUGUGUGAGAAAGAUGAUGGCAAGUGUGUGAUAUGCGACUCCUAUGUUCGCCCUUGCACCCUUGUGAGGAUAUGUGAUGAGUGCAACUAUGGGUCUUUCCAAGGCCGGUGCGUUAUCUGUGGUGGGGUGGGGAUCUCUGAUGCCUACUACUGCAAGGAGUGCACUCAGCUGGAGAAGGACAGGGAUGGGUGCCCCAAGAUAGUGAAUCUGGGUAGUGCUAAAACGGAUCUAUUCUAUGAGCGCAAGAAGUAUGGCUUCAAAAAGAGGUGAUGAUGAUGACCAUCAUCAUGACAGAUGACUGCUGAUAGUAGUUUCUGAGUUCCUUAGUUAUUGCGAACUCAUUUAUGUUUGAAUCAUUCUAAAUGUCAGUGAAUUUCUGCUGGGGGAUGGCAUUUUGAUAAUGCUAACUUGCACCCAUGCAAUUACUACUGAUAAUCUAUCUACUUGCUUUUGUGGUUGAAAAAUGUAUGAAAUUUGAAGUGAUAAACUAGUAUUUCACGAUUUCCUCUUCGUUA